GAAUGACACGUGAAACGUCAACGCAGCGUAACCGGGCUGCAUGGAAAUCGUGCAGUGAUUUUUACCUGAGAAGAUCACAACUUAUAAUUCGGAGUCAUUUAGACAGACAUGACUACACUAGUGCUAUCCAGGGAAUAUGCUAAGCUCUUUUUUCGAGCUUCCCUCAGAAAUGCAUUAUGGACACCAACCCGAAAUUUAAAUUUGUUGGAAUAUCAGAGUAAACGGCUACUGGAAGAUGGUGGAGUAGCAAUUCAAGCAUUUCGAGUUCUUGAGGGGAAAAAGGACGAGGAGGCUCUUAAUGGAUUCAACGUCAACGAGUACGUUGUGAAAGCACAGAUUCUCGCUGGUGGUCGGGGCAAAGGUCAUUUUGAUAAUGGUUUCAAAGGAGGUGUCCACAUCACUAAAGAGCGGUCUCAGGUAAUUUCCUUGGUGAAAAAGAUGAUUGGUGCUAGACUGAUUACUAAACAAACGCCUAAAGAUGGAAUUGUGGUCAACAAGGUAAUGGUUGCUGAUAGUAUCAACAUUGUUCGAGAAACGUAUCUCUCAAUCGUGAUGGAUCGUGAGCAUAAUGGUCCAGUAUUAAUCGCUUCACCGGCCGGCGGAAUGGACAUCGAGGCAGUAGCCGAGCAAACUCCUGAGAAAAUAAAAACAUUCCCUGUCGCAAUCAAAGGCAUCGGACGUGAGUUGGCAGAAGAGAUUGCUCAAUUUCUAGAGUUUAAAGGACCGUUGAUUGCGAAAGCAGCCGAUGAAAUCAUUAAACUCUGCAAUUUGUUUAGUAAGGUUGACGCUACCCAAAUUGAAAUCAACCCAUUGGCAGAGACGGAUGACGGUCGAGUAAUUUCAGUAGAUGCUAAAUUGAAUUUUGAUGAUAAUGCAGAGUUCAGACAAAAAGAGAUUUUUGCCAUGGAGACUCACGAGGACACUGAUCCAAAAGAAAUAGAAGCUAGCAAGUACAAUCUUAAUUACAUCGCGAUGCAAGGCAACAUCGGUUGCCUAGUGAACGGGGCUGGCUUGGCUAUGGCCACUAUGGACAUUAUUAAACUAAACGGUGGCAGUCCGGCAAACUUUUUGGAUGUGGGUGGUAGCGUAAAGGAGGAUCAGGUGCUUAAAGCAUUCCAAAUUUUAACCUCUGACGAAAACGUUAAAGCGAUUCUGGUGAAUGUUUUCGGUGGUAUCGUAAAUUGUGCUACGAUUGCUAACGGUAUCGUGAAUGCUUCCAAAACAAUUGGAUUGAAAGUGCCACUGGUAGUGCGGUUGGAAGGAACCAAUGUAAAUGCGGCAAAAAAGAUACUGCAGGAAUCCGGACUGCAGUUGCGUUUGGCGCAAGAUCUUGCAGCUGCAAAGAAAGCCGUGCUUGCGGUGAAUUAAUUGGUUAACACACGAUAAACUAGAUACGGUGUUUACAGGUUUGAUAGGGUAUAGCAGUUUUUUGGUAUAAAUAAACAGUUCCGUGAAAAUUAUUUCGUAAA